AUGACCUCUACGAAUGUAACCGCAGGGCCAUCUGGUUCCGCGCAAACUCUCAAUUAUGAUAUUCUCUUCCACAUCAUGACCCACACAAGAUCGGUUUCUUCAGGGACCACCUCAGCUCUCUCCCGAACCUGCAAAGCACUCUACCCGCACGGCAUCCGCCUACUUCUCGACUGGAACGAAGAUGGCAUUCUCAUCAGCACCAUCCCAUCCAUCCAAUCAUUUGUCGCGUUUCUCGGAACGGACUCUGUCCGUCGCUGUGGUCUCGUUAAGAAUCUCAGAAUCUCGAUGCCCGUUUUCGUGAGCACUCCGGAAGCCUUGCUCGAGGCUCUCGCCGCCCUGGUGUCCGAUAUGACCACUCUAGAGCGCCUCACCCUCGUCGUCUCCGGAUUUGCGAGGGACCCUCCAUCCCAUCCCCCCAUAAUCCAGCUUUGUCGAUCGCUCCUGAUCCUGCCCACCCUCAGACACCUCACCCUUGUGGCCUGUCUGCCUCAAUUUCGACUUCUCAAGCACAUGACCGCUCAGAUAUCGACUCUUGUCCUGCUCCCCAUGGGCUCCUUUCUCGACCCCACUCACACCUAUCGCCUCGCGCAGAUCGCUCCCGCGUCCGCGACCACCCUCACCUCGCUCACACUCAAGCACAUCCCUCUCUCCAUCGACCCGCAGACAGAAGUCCCUUUCACGCGCCUCACCACCCUCACCGUCACACUAAAUGUCCCGCCCUCGCGUCGUGCCCCACCACUCUACGCGCACGCCUUCCCGGCCCUCCGGAUCCUCACGCUCUUCUGGUACCGACCGAGCCAGGACCUGGGAACGGUGCGCACGCGGCACGCCGGGGCUCUCUCUGGGUGGACGGCGCUCGACGAGGUGCACGUGUCCCUCUACGACGCGUAUCGGCUGGGGCUGCGCGCGCGCACGCGGCGACUCGUCCUGCGCGUGCCGGGACCGCACGACGGCGACGUGUCGUACAUGCAGAUGCGGUACCUGCCGCCUGUGCUCGUGGACAUGCGGCCCACGACACUAGAGCUCGUCGUCGAGCGAGAGGCGUGCGCGGAUGGGGGGGCGCUCCGGGAGGCGUUCGCGGAGGCGGGGGAUUGGGCGAGCGUCAGGGAACUCUCGCUCAAGCUGAACUUCCACAUGACGCUCGAGUGGGCGAGCGAAGCUGUGAGCAACCUGACAGACGUGCUGCGGGCUGUUCCGCUAGCCACGCUCAAGUUGGAGUUUUCGUCGGUUCUGGUUGAGGUCGAGGACCAAAUCGAAGAGGUUUUCGAUCAGCUAUCGCCUGAGCACGUCGGGGAGCGGAUGAUCGAGUCCCAUGAAGAUCUGAAGCAGAUAAACGUGACCGUCUGCGUCGCUGUACUUUCGACAAACGAGGAUGAGGGAGAAAAGUGGGACAUAGUGACAAGGGAGCACAAGAACGUGCGGAAUCUGCAGCCGUGA